UAGAGCGGAACAGCAUUCAGCUCUGUGUGAGGAGACAACACCGCCACAGCAGAGAAUGGUUACGGGAGAGAUAUCCCUAUAUUUCUUGCUUGGUCAUGUCUUCAUAGCUGGCAUAGGCUCUGUCUGUGUUCCUGUCCAGUGUCUGAAAUGUAACAUCACAGGAGUGACUCUGAAAGAGUGCAUUAAUGACUUUAAGGUUGAAAUCAACAGCACUGGAUCCGAAGUUAAUGAGGGUGACGAAGUCACUCUAACAUGUGCCCAUAACCUUCCCAAUAUGACUCUGGAGCUUGGGUGGACCAAGGACGGGAAGGAAAUGCUGGAAAACAAAAACAAAAGCAAGCUGGUUCUCGAAAAAGUGUUUUCACCUGAUGCAGGCUGUUACAUCUGCUAUGUGAACAGCUCGUGUGGCAAUUACGAGUCUUCACAAAAAUGUAUCACUGUAAAUAAUAACAGUGUGAUCAUCCUGGUGGUCUGUGGUGUUUCAGCUUUGGCCUUGAUCCUGAUUUUGGGCCUGGCAAUGAAGCUUAAGCUGAAAAGAGACAAUGCUAAACACAGAGAGAGGAUGGAGCAGAGGGCACAGCAUGGGAGGCCCGCAGGUCCAGCUCCAUUCAUGCAGAGGGAGUCCUGAAUAAGAAACUAUUAAUUCAAAAUUAAUCAGUACUGAAAUUGGUCUGCAAUCUGCUGUUGUAGUGUUUGAUGUAGAAAUAA